CCUCCGCGAACAAACUCCUUUACAACUCACCGAAUGGACGACGAUCUUCAUGAGAUGGAGCCAGAGGGCUUCUCUCUUCUUCAGAAUGGGCAUCGAGAUAUGAUACAAGCCACGGCUUUCAACACUUAUGGGAAUCGCUUUGCUUCCGGCUCUGCAGAUGGCAAAAUAAAAGUAUACAAUCUGCACCAUGACGGGACCUGGAACCUGUGCGAUACAUGGGGAGCCCAUAACUCUGAAGUUCUAGAAAUCCAUUGGUUCCCUCCAACUAUCCACCCCAACCUCUUAGCAUCCAUAGGCAUGGACGGGCGCUUUAAGAUCUGGGUGGAAGACCCAACUCUAGCCCCAGGUAAAGGCCGACGCUUCAAUUCCCAUAACAACAAGCCAGUCUGUGAGCUGCGCUCCGUAGCACGCGCACCCUACCUCUCCUUCUCCAUAAAACACAAUCCAGAAACAAGACACACGUACCUAGCGCUCAUAAAUCGCAAUGGUAUGCUAAUCGUAUAUGAGAACGAGGAGCCGGAAAGCAUGGAAAAUUGGACCGAGUUGGAUACCAUUAAAGUGUGCGAUAAACCUGCACGGGGGGAAGAGGUUGCGUUCAAGGUGAUGUUUGACCCGAAUCUGGAGCCGUGCUAUGCGGCUAUUCGGCAGGGGGUUCAGAGGGAUGCUUUGGGGGUUGUAGUUGCCAGUAUGGACAGAGCGACUAUCUGGCGUACUAAGGAGAUCUCCCACGCCGUUACUCUAGGUGCUUCUAGCACAAAAGAAUUCUAUCGUGCUGCAGAGCUGAAGGGCCAUAGGGGACUAGUGAGGGAUAUAGCUUGGGCGCCGGGCAGUAUUAGGGGCUUUGAUGUUGUGGCUACGGCGUGUAAAGAUGGGUUUGUGAGAGUGUAUCAGGUCACGACGCCGCCAAAGGGGGGGAAGGAGCUUAGGAGCAAGGAUUACUCGAAGUUGCCGGAGAAAGUUGUUGCUUCUGCGCAAAGAACCCCGGAAAAUGGUGCGAAGAAUGCUCCUUCUGGCAUAGGAGCUGGAUUGGCUAGUAGUCGGUCGGGUCGACAUCAGGGGAGUCAGGGCAAGGGUGGAGAGGUAUUGCAUGUUGCUAAAGAAGUGUCGAGAUUGGAGCCUAGUGGGACACCUGUGUGGCGUGUGGAUUUUGAUGAUGACGGGCAGUUACUGGGAUCAUCUGGAGAUGAUGGGAAAUUGAUCCUUUUUAGGAGAGAACCGAGUGGGACUUGGACUAAGAGUUCAGAGUUGGCAAUGGCCAAAGCUCUUUCCUCUUAG